ACGGCCACGAAUGGAGAUAAAACGUUUACUCUGUAUUUAGUCGUUUUCAUUUCAGUUUAUUAGUUGUGAGUUAGUUGCUUAUACUCUUUUUUAUAUACUAUAUACUAUAUAGUAUAUACUAUAUUAGUACAUCUGCAGACUGCAGGUCAAUAUUUGCUUAAAUGCGCACGUGAAUUGACCAACAAGGACCACAAUCUAGGAGCAAGAGUCCCUCGACAGUCGGCAUGAUAGUGUAUGCGUGCAUAGCACGAAUGGAAGACAGCCUGCCUCUAUCUGCAUCUACAGACAGCGAUGACAGGCCUGAGCUCAUUGACAGCCAGAGAUGUGGAAAGCUUCUUCUCAGAAAAAUUAACUUGUAUCCAGACAGAAUGACACUAGAAACCGAUUGUCACCUGGUGCAUACGAUUUCAACAAUGAGCUUGUGUUUUCUUGCAAUCACGAACAAGGAGUACCCACCUGUGCUUGCAUUCUGCUUCCUAGAUGAAAUUCAGAAAGAGUUUAUUGUCACGUACCCACCGGAUAAAAUCCAGAGAAUCAGUCGUCCCUAUACGCUUAUUGACUUUGAUGCAACGAUUCAUAGAGUGAAGCAACGGUAUAACAAUACACGCUCAUUAGCAACUAGGGUUAACUUGAGUGACAUGUCUACAGAGUUGAAACUUCGUCCCCCUUUUCAAUUAACAGCAGACGAUAUCAGACCAUACAGGAAUGGUUCGCCCGGCACAUACACGCAAAAUGUGUCGCAAAUUAAAACUCCCUUUAGCUACCAGCACUUUAAGGCACUGAGCUUGUUUCAUCGUGUGACGUUGGCUCUUCUGAUUGCUUGCGGUUUCCUCAACUGGGUGAGGGGAGUCAUGGCUCUGACAGACAGGGAUACAAAUCCGUCUUACCAUAGGGCAUUCACUCAUGGCCUUACCUUCAUGUUCGCUGGGAGCUGCUUUUUGCAUCAGAUGUACCUUCUAAUAAGUCCCACUCGAUGGAGGAUAGCUUUCGCAGUUAACUCGUUUGUGUGGGUGUGCGUCUGCAGUGUUAUGGUGUCUGAGCUGAGGACAGUAUUCCAACUCCUUCUCCAUGUGACUGUAGCUGCCAUAGGCAGUUUUGCAGUAAUACAGAGGGCUCUGGUGCCAAAGUCGCCACAUUACAACGUCUAGCAUUUUACAUAGUGGCGAUCAGGUGUGUGUGUGUGUGAUCCGGCCGCAAGAUGUAUAUAGUCUAACUUGAUAAAACAUCAAUUUUAAUUUUAUAUUAUCUAUAUAUCAGGAGUAAAUAAUCUCUCUUUGAAAUUGUUUACUCCUGAGAUAUAUUGUAACAAUAAAUUUAUCUUAAUAUUUGUAUUGUGUAUUUAUCUUGUCCUUCAACUUUUAUAUAGUAUAUUCUGUCAUUUUUAUUAAGCUAUGAGUUAGAGUGUGAUAUGAUUGUAUGAUCAUUGCCUAACAUAAUUAAUUUUGCAUUAAAUGUGUUUGGCAGGUGUUCAGGGAAUGGCUAAAAAAGAUGUCGUGAUUGAGUUUGUUAUUUUAUUUAACCAGUUUAUCUCAAUCUGCACAUGUAAUCUGAUGUAAUGUAUCAUGGCUCUGGAUUAACAUAAUAAACAUUUGCAUUGACCAAGUCA